UCCGAACGAUGGUUGUAAGUAAAUGGAAUGGUUCCAAACAGUAUUGGGAUACUGGAUCUUGGGAUCCGUUGAUGGUCAAUCCAUUUUAUAAUUACAGCUAUCAUACGGAUGAGAAUGAGAGUUACUUCACCUAUUCGCCCUAUAAUCCUUCCACUGUAGCUAGAUUUAUAUUGGAUGUUGCUGGUCAAUUGCAGCUACAAACAUGGUCGGAUUCUACGAAACAAUGGAAUAUCAUCUGGGCUCAGCCUGAAGCACAAUGUAAGGUCUAUGCUUUAUGUGGGUCUUUUGGCACUUGCAGGCAGAGUGGAUCGUCAGUAUGUAGUUGUUUGACUGGUUUUCAGCCUAGAUCAGAGAGUAGUUGGAAUCAAAGUGAUUUCUCUGGUGGGUGUUUGAGAAAAACCAGCUUGGAUUGUGGGGAAAAUGAGGGAAAGCUCGACUUUCUCAUGGUCAAAGUCACGAGUCUCCCUCCAAAUAGGUCUAUUGCGGUUAAAAGUCCUGGAGAAUGCCAUGCUAGCUGUCUGAGGGAGUGCUCAUGUAAUGCUUACUCCAGCGUAGAUAAUCAGUGUUCUCUUUGGGGUGGAGACCUCUUGAAUCUCUCCGAAGAUAAUGUUAACGGUAAAUCAAUCUAUGUCAAGGUUGCUUCAAAAGAUCUUCCAAGUCAUAAAAAGAAUAAUAAGGUCAUCAUUGUUGCUGUAAUUGGGUCCAUCGCAGUCGUGGUUUUUGUCUUAGGUUUAUUUGUGCUCAUAAUUUAUAGAAAAAAGAGGAUGUUCGUUAAAAAAACAACAAUGGAGGGAUCGUUGGUGGUGUUUUCCUACAGAGAUUUGCAAGUAGCUACAAAAAAUUUCUCAGAGAAACUAGGAGGUGGCGGUUUUGGUUCUGUUUUCAAAGGGGUACUACAUGAUUCAUCCACUGUGGCAGUAAAAAAACUUGAAAGCUUCAACCAAGGAGAAAAGCAAUUCAGGAGCGAAGUCAGUACAAUCGGGACUGUUCAACAUGUUAAUCUAGUACGUCUUCGUGGAUUCUGUGCAGAAGGUGACAGCAAGUUAUUGGUGUAUGAUUACAUGUCGGAAGGUUCUCUACAUUCCCAUCUUUUCCAAGAAAAAAAAGUUUUAAAUUGGAAAACAAGGUAUGGUAUUGCACUUGGAAUUGCAAAAGGGUUGGUUUAUCUUCACGAGAAGUGCAUAGACUGCAUAAUUCACUGCGACAUAAAACCAGAAAACAUUCUUUUAGAUGUCGAUUUCCACCCAAGGAUUGCAGACUUUGGUUUGGCAAAGCUUGUGGGUCGAGACUUUAGUAGGGUCUUGACAACUAUGAGAGGAACAAGAGGGUAUCUAGCACCAGAAUGGUUAUCAGGGGUGGCUAUCACAGCCAAAGCAGACGUCUUUAGCUACGGAAUGAUGCUUUUUGAAUUAGUAUGUGGCAAGAGAAAUACAGAGGAAUCUGCAGAUUCGUGCUAUACAUAUUUCCCUAGUUUGGCGGCAGAUGUUGUUCUGGCUGGAGGUGAUAUUCUCAGCUUACUUGACAGCAGGUUAAACAGAGAGGCCAGUGUUAAAGAAGUCACAAAAAUAUGCAAAGUUGCAUAUUGGUGUAUCCAAGAUGCUGAAGACAGCAGGCCUUCGAUGAGUCAGGUUGUACAGAUUCUUGAGGGUGAUUCGGAUGUGAACAUGCCUCCACUUCCACAGUUGGUCCAAUUUUUUGCUGAUAAGUCAGAGCAUACUCUUUUCUUCAUCGAGUGUUCCUCAACCGGAAGAUCAGAAGUUCACAGCAACUCGCAGGUUGGCAACUCCUAGUUAAAGAGUGCAAUUCUUGAAAGCAUUGACCUUUAUUUUCUUUACUAUAUUAAAAUCUGUAAUGUGUCAUAUAGAUUAGAGGGAAAAUCGACUUUCUAUGUUUAAUUAAUAUAUCAUGGU